UCCACCACGGCUUACAUGAGCUGCUACUACACAGGCCUGGCUCGGAGUGAUCUCAAGCCACCUGUAGCAUCAAGAUCAAGAAGGAUAAAGAGGUGCCGUUGCAAAUGCUAUGGCCAUCCCAAAACAGUGAUGGUGAUGGCGGUGGUGGCAGCAGCAGCGUUACGAAGUUCCUCGACCAGGCUGUCCAGACUCCUGCCGGGUGUGUGUGGAGAAGCAUGGGGACACCAGGCCCGGAGAGGAGCAGUCCUACGGGUGCUGCCUUUCAUCCCAACACAGGAUCCUGACGUCAUUAAGAAGAUGCCAGAGGACUUCAGAGCGGUAUAUCCAGAGUUCCUGCCGGGCCCCAAACCAGAGUAUAGGAACCGCUUGCGGGAAAAGCUGGAAAGACAAGACAUGCUGGCCCGUAGGUCUGUGAUGCCCAUUCCAGAAUUCUAUGUUGGUUCCAUUAUGGCAGUGACUGUGGCAGACCCCAAUGCUUCAGGCAAGAACAACCGGUUUGUGGGCAUUUGUAUUCAGCGUGGUGAUGCUGGACUCAGGGCUUGGUUCAUCCUCCGCAAUGUGGUUGACCACCAAGGUGUGGAAAUCAAGUACGAGAUGUAUUCACCACUGCUGCAGAGCAUUGAGGUGCUGAGGCUGGAGAAGCGGCUGGAUGAUGAGCUGCUGUACCUGAGGGAUGCCUUGCCCAUCUACUCCACCUUCCCUUUGGACAUGGAGCCAGAGGUCAUGCAAGAAGGUGCACCAGUACCAGUCAACCCCAUCAAGGUACAGCUGAAGCCACGCCCUUGGCAUGAGCGAUGGGAGAGAAAGAACCUCCAAGGUGUGAUGGACUUAGGACUUCCUGAAAGAUUUUAUAAGAAAGCAAAACUACAUGAGAAGCCUUGGGAAAAGUACGACUUGAUGAAAGAAUACAGGGCCACCAUUCCUGAGGAGGAGCAAGCCGAUAUCUUCCGAGAAAUAUCCCCACACUAUCCACUGAUGGAGUCCACACGACGCAGAGGCAAGAGGAAGCGAGUGCUACCAUCCAUCUCCUAGAUCUGAGAGAGAACCAGAAUCCUGCAAUAUAACUGUUCUUGUGUAUAGAGGACAAUGGGCAUGUGUGAAGAGUGUGACGUGCUGAAAGAAAUAAAGUGUAAAUAGAAUCAGACAAGAAAAUUG